AUGAAAGGAUUAACUCAAUUCAUUGUAGAUAUCAGGAAUACCCAUGACCAACAGGAGGAGAAGAAACGUAUAAAUGUUGAAGUCAAUAACAUUCAAUUGAAAUUCAACAGUGGUUUGAAUGAUUACCAAAGAAGAAAAUAUAUCUCCAAAAUCGUCUAUAUAUAUCUACUUGGUUACGACCAUUUGAUAGAAUUCGGUACUAAAGAAUGUUUACAAUUACUUAUGAAUAACAAGGUUCCUGAAAAACAACUCGGAUACUUAUACUUAUCGGUAAUGAUUCAAAACAAAGGUGACAACGAACAGUAUGUGAAUGAAAUUUUUGGAUUAACCUUCAACCAGUUGAAAAACGAUCUCAACAAUAAGAAUGAAGAUAUCAACACUAUAGCCAUACAAUUUAUUAGUAACAACUUGAUACUUGAUUAUAAGUUUCAACAAGGAUCUCCUAAUUCGAACGAUUUCAUCGAACUUAUAGAGACGUUAUAUUCAAUGGUCAUAUCUCCAGUCAAUUCCAUUUUGAUAAAAAAGAAGGCUAUAGUUGGAUUGAAGAAUUUGAUCUUGAUGUACCCACAAAUCCUUGAUGAUAAUAAUUGGAUUCCUAGACUUCUUAAUCUAAUAGAUAAUAAUCAAGAUUUGUCAAUAAUUUUGAAUUCGACUAAGUUGAUAGAAAUCUUGAUUACAUUGAAACCAAACUAUAUUUAUUCCAUCAUUCCUUCCAUAACGAAAAAUUUGAAUGAUUUGAUCAUUGAAAACACAUGUCCCAAAGAAUUCUAUUACUAUUUGAUACCUUCUCCGUGGUUGAUAAUCAAAUUAUUCAAGCUACUUGAACAUUGCUUCUUACUAUCAAAUAACCAAUUGAUGAUAGAUGAUGCCAAUUUGAACAAUUUACGUCAAAUCGUAGCCAAAACCAUUCAAAUGUCUUCCAAACCUAUCAAAGGAUUACCCAAUAGAAACAGUCAAAAUUCAAUUUUGUUCCAAGCUGUAUCAAUUGCUGUAUUCUUACAAGCAUCCGACGAAGCUAUCACAGGAGCAAUCAAUGCCUUAAUAGAUUUGUUGGUAACUCAUGACACAAACACAAGAUACUUAUCAUUAGAUGUGUUAAUAAAGCUAAUUGGUAGAUCAAAUAAUAGUAGUUCAAGUAACAAUUCUUCCAAUUUGAUUUAUAGUAAUUUGAAGACCAUAUUGGGCUUGUUGAACGAUAGGGAUAUCAGUAUCAAAAGAAAGACUCUUGAUCUCAUUUACAUAAUCACAAACGAAGAGAAUUACCAGAAUAUCAUAAAUAAAUUGAUUGAUUAUUACCCACAAUGUGACAUACAAUUAAAGUCAGAGUUGAGUAUCAAAAUAGCAGUUUUGAGUGAAAAUUUUGCUCAAGAUUCCAACUGGUAUGUAAAUAUCAUGAUUAAAUUAAUAUCUAUUCCUACAACCAAUGAAAUAUUGAAUAAUGAAAUUUGGGAAAGAAUUUGUCAAAUCUUAAUCAACAAUCAUGAUCUUCAUAAAUCUACUACAAAACUCAUCAUUUCCAAAUUAGCUAAAUUGAUAAAAGGGGGAGAAGCUAUAUCCAAUAACUUGAUCAAAUUAUCGAGUUUCAUUAUUGGUGAAUUUGGUCCACUUGUGAAAGAAGAUUAUUCACCAGCAUCUCAGUUCAAUUUGCUUUUUGAGUGCUAUUCAAAAGUUAACUUGAUUUCGAGAUCAAUGAUCUUAUCAAGUUUCAUGAAAAUGUUGGUAAAUUAUCCUGAUGAAGAUUUCGUUCCUAAUAUAGUUGAUUUGUUUGAACUUGAGUUAUAUUCUUUGGAUUUAGAAAUCCAAACCAGGGCUAACGAAUACUUGAAAUUAUUUACAACCAACAAUUUGCAUUUACACAAACCUUUACCACCAUUCGAAUCAACUGAAAACCAUUUACUUUCCAGAAUUGGUAAUGUUGAUAAAAUCGUUAGCGGAUUUGUUAACAAAAAGAAAAUCCAACAACUGAAAUCAACAGACGAUGAUCCUUUCGGAGAUGAAGCAGUUCCAGAAGAAACCUAUCCAUUAUCCCCUAACUGGUAUAAUGGAUAUGUUAGAAUGCUUAACUUUAAUGCAGGGAUCUUUUUCGAAAAUCAAUUGGUCAAAAUCACUUAUAAAAUAACCAGAGAUGGUUUCAAUCUUUCUUAUAAAUUUACUAUCAUAAACAAUUCAUAUAAGGUAUCGAAAAACAAUUUGACAAACUUCAAAGUCCUUGAUUUGAAAUCCUUGACCAAUAGUGUCAACCCCAGUUAUCUCAUGAACAUUCACUCAUUACCUGAACAAUUAAUUACUGAUAAAUCCACCCUUGAAAUGUCAGUUAAAAUUAGAAGUGUUGUAGAGAUUGAAGAACCAACCAUCAUAUCCUUAACAUUCAAUGUGGGAGGCUCUUUUAAUCAAUUGAACUUGAAAAUUCCAAUUAAUUUGAUCAAAACAUUAUCACCAACUGGAUUGAAAAUGGACGAAUUCAAAAACAGAUGGAUGCAAAUCAAUCAGUUGUUACCCAAUAACACGGGAGAACAUAUCAUCAAUACUAACACCAGCAUCAGAUAUAAUUCUUCGAAUAUCAUAAGAUUAUUACAGAGAUUAGGGUUCUCAAUUGUAUAUGAAAACACUGAAGGUAUUUUGAUUUUAGGUGCAGGGAUCAUACAAUGUCAAAACUCUAAAUACGGUUGUUUAGUUUCAGUCAAGAGUUCCCAAGAUAUAGGUAAGCAAUUUGAAAUCAUUAUCAAAUGUACAGGUGGUGGAGUAUCACAGAUCAUAGCCUCCACUAUUGAUGAAAUUUUCCAAUCAGGUUUUUAA